ACUUGCUCAAGGUAAAACAGACAGAUUUCCUGAUACCACAGUGUGUACUUUGGUUGUUAAGACCUUGAACCUCGGAGUCUGACAUUCAGAUUGGGCUUUGCCACUUAAGAGGCCUUGGGCCCUUCCUUAUUCUCUUGGAGCCUCAAUUUGCUCAUCUAUGGAAUGGGAAAAAUAACAGUACCUACCUCUCACGUGGUGUGUUAUAAGGUGUCAUGCAUAUCUCUAGCACAUGGUUAACGCUAAGUACAUGUUAAUUACAACAUUGUUGUCAUUUCCUUGAUACAUCAAACUGCCUCCUUGUAAACAAACUUGUUGUCUGUAAAGUGUCUAGCACAUGGUGGACACCCAGAAAAUGUUGGUUCCCUUCUUUGAACAUGUAGGCUAAGGAAUCGCUUGGUUUUUAUCCUAGAUUAUCUCCUGAAUAAUUUUUUAACUUCAAUCAGGUCAUUAUUCUGCCCUCGCCCAACCCCCACUGUCACCCUCACCAGCCAACCCAGCAGAGCCAGGCACUGGUGGGAGGGGGCAGCUAAUUCUGGGCACCAAAUGAGGAAACCAGUGUUUGCUUCUAGCUGGAGCUUCUGGAUGUUGGACAGGUUCACCCAUCGUUUACUCCACCUACAAAUCCCAGGCUGGUGGUGAGAUGGAGGGUUUGUAAACUAGGAAGAGAAGGGCUGCUAAGGGUGGACCAGCUGCCAAAGGCUCGGCAGAGCCACAGCUCCAGGAGCUCACAAGACGAGGUCAAUCGCUCCUUUCUCAGGAGAAUCAGUGACAAAGACACAGGCGUACAGGCCAAUGGAGAGUCAGAUUAGAGGGAAUGCCCGUAGUGAAUUCCCCAAUGGGAGGCAGUUUUGCUUUCCCUCAGUCUCUCAGGGCACGAGACCAACUGCUCACUGGGAAAACAAGUGUUGGUGCCAGAGCCUUCUGUGGGUUCCAAGGCUGCUUUUUCAGAGACAGGCCCAUGGAUACGGUCCGGAUUGCGGUUGUGGGCGCAGGCUUGAUGGGGCUCUCGACCGCCGUGUGCAUUCCCACGCUGGUCCCACGAUGCUCCGUUACCGUCAUUGCAGACAAGUUUACUCCCGAUACGACGAGUGAUGUGGCAGCCGGAAUACUUAUUCCGCACGCUUAUCCAGACACACCCGUUCACAAGCAGAAGCAGUGGUUUAGAGAGACCUUUGACCACCUAUUUUCAAUUGCCAAUUCUGCAGAAGCUGGAGAUGCUGGUGUUUAUCUGGUGUCUGGUUGGCAGAUAUUUAGGAGCAUGCCUACUGAAGAAGUGCCAUUCUGGGCUGAUGUGGUUCUGGGAUUUCGAAAGAUGACCGAGGCUGAGCUGAAGAAAUUCCCCCAACAUGUGUUUGGUCAGGCUUUCACAACCCUGAAAUGUGAAGGCCCUGUCUACCUCCCAUGGUUGGAGAAAAGGGUAAAAAGAAGCGGGGGCCUGAUGGUCCCCCAGCGAAUAGAAGACCUGUGGGAGCUUCACCCGUCCUUCGACAUCGUGGUCAACUGUUCAGGCCUUGGAAGCAGACAGCUGGCAGGAGACUCGACGAUUUUCCCCGUGAGGGGCCAAGUGCUCAAAGUUCAGGCUCCCUGGUUGAAGCAUUUUAUCCGAGAUGGGAGUGGGCUGACAUAUAUUUACCCUGGUACAUCCAACGUAACCCUGGGUGGAACUAGGCAAAAAGGAGACUGGAAUCUGUCCCCAGAUGCAGAAAUUAGCAGAGAUAUUUUUUCCCGAUGCUGUGCUCUUGAGCCGUCCCUCCACAGAGCCUGCGACAUAAGGGAGAAGGUGGGCUUGAGGCCCUCCAGGCCAGGCAUCCGGCUGCAGAAAGAGCUCCUGGCCCAGGACAGCCGGAGGCUGCCUGUGGUCCACCACUAUGGCCACGGGAGCGGGGGCUUCUCCAUGCACUGGGGAACUGCUCUGGAGGCUGCCAGGCUGGUGAACGAGUGUGCCCAAGCCCUCGGGAGCCCCGCCCCCAAGUCAAAGCUGUAGAUGACACGAAAUGACAGCAAAUGGCCCCGCAGACUAUUGAUCAAAAUACACUUUCAGCACCAGAACAGCUUCAAAUAACUUUUCCAUUGCAUGAAAAUUUAAUUAAACAUGACUUUGCUUUCAAAAUUAAAAAUGAUGCAAUAUGUAUCGGCAGAUUUAGGACUUACACUAAUCUAAUCUAGUAUUAGACAUAAGUCUAGCACUAAUGGCAUAGAGCAUAAAGCUCUAUUUUUGUUAAAAAUAAGUAAGAUUUCUUUUAGAUCUGGUGUCCUGGGAUCUAUGUUAAUUUGUAUGGAUGCUGGAAAUUGUAGAGAUUAUGACACUUUUUGGCUCAUAAAUCCACGGGAGGAGAUAACGUAUGGAAAACACUUAGUCCUUGUCAGUUACAGAGCUGCCCAUGUUGCUGUUAGGUUGUAGUCAAGUGAACAUUAUAAUUCCUCUAAAUAAAAUUACACAGUGAUCAUGCAAUUCAAGCUUAUUAAAUAUUUAAUGGAAGACAAAGCAUGAUUCCUGCUAGUUCUACUGGCAACCUCUUCCUCCCUUUGGCUGGUAAUGAUGGUAGGAGAAAGGGAUGAAGUUGCCUACAGGCAUGGCAUCAACUCAAUAGCUGUCUGGGGUCAAUCACCUAAGGGGCGAACUUUCCAUUACCACACAUGAUUGAGAGCUGGCUUGUUGGAUGGGUGACUUUGCCUAAGCAUUUCUGAAGAGUGAAUAGCAUGUGCAGCCAAAGAGCUAAUUUGCUAAUUAAAAUGGAACAAUCAUUCUCAAUGAAAUAUCACCAAAGAGUUUUCUGCAAGUUGUUAAAAAGUAUUGGGGAGGAGGGGAACGGGUCUCAUGAUAAAAUGCGUUCGGGACUUGCUGGAUUAAGUAAAUCUAACCUGGUGUCUUGCCUUGGGCUGACUCG